CUAACCUGCAUUGUAUUUGCUUCGGGUAGUCAUAAUUAUUUUUGUACUGUUUAUGUAUUUAGUUUGAAAUAAUUAUUGAGUUUCGAUUAGUUGGUUAAUACUGAAAAGCACAUAUUGAUUAUACUAGAGAAACGCGCUUAUAGAAAAAUAUAUCUAAACUAAAAAUUUUAGCCUACUAUAAAUAAUAUUUUUAUUAAUACAAAGAAGAAUUAAAGAAUUUUAAAUUCAAUAUAUUGGAACCCAUAAAAAUGGCGAUAAUACCAAUACAAAUGAUACAUGGUGAGAAUCUAGGAAAAAGACAUAAGCGCCUUAAUACUUUAGUGAACGAGGCUUUCGCAAACAAUAUUCCCUUUGAAUCUCUCAAAGGUAUUCAGGAGUCUUCUCCAGUUGAUAGACUAUUUAAAAUAGAUCUUGCUGCGAAAUACCGUAACGAAGAUUAUAUAUUCGAGAUGUUAAAAGAUGAUGACUUGCUUUAUGUUAGUAGAGCUCUGAAAUGCAAUUGGCUUGUGCAAGAUUCUAAAUAUUCAAGUAUAAUAAACCCGAUCUACUUAGAAAAUGAAUUAUUUCCUGAAAUGCUAACUACAUCUGUUAAUAAAAUGAAACAUUGGAUAUCACUAAAUUUAAAAGACCAAAUCAGAUGUCAGGAAUUUUAUCAGUUCUAUAAAGAAAAAGAUGAAAGAUUUGCUUUGAAGCUCCUUUCCAAAUGUUCACCUGAUUUUUUCUUAAAGGAAAUGGCUACGAUCCCUAUACAAAAAAUAACACCACACUUCUUAAAGUUGCUUUGCGAACAUUGGCCCAAAACUGCAGAAAUUCAUUUAAAAAAAGUAAUCGAAACCAUGACAAAUACAAAAAGAGGUUAUAGGCAAUCGACGAAUACAAAUGGUUUCCUAAAUUGUUUGCAAUUUCUUCUGAAAACCGAUCCAGACACAUAUUUCUACUUAAUCGAGAACAUUUAUGAUCAAAAAUUCAAGCGGCUGAAUAAAGACGCUACAAAAUAUAUUAUGAGAAACCACAGAGGUAGAUUUGACUCUAAACCUGAAUUGUACACAGCACGUUUACUGAAUACAACAGCGUUAGCAAAAUUUUUGAAUAAUGAGGAAAUAAAAGAGCUCGUUAUAAAAUGUGCAAGAGCAGAAUAUUUAGGUUAUGACUGGUUCUCAUACAAGUUUGCGAAGCCUUUAGUGAAGUUUAUGAAACAAGCUGAGAAAUCGUCUUUCUGUAAACAAAUAUUCAAUGAAAAAUCUUUUGGAGAAAGCAUUACAGAGCCUCCUUACUAUAUACCUUCUAUGCCCCAAAGUAGAGAACCUACCGAAGAUUUAGGUUCUGAUGUAUCUGAGAGAAAUUACGAUCAAUAUAAUCUUCUGUAUGGCAAGUUGUACAGAACGGAAUAUUGCACGAUGUCAAAGAGAUGUGGCAUCAGGUUGCGUACAUUACUUGACCAAUUAUUCAAUCAGUAUAGAUUUUGUUAUUUCGACGAGACUUUCGCAGAAUUGAGUUCACGUAUUCCAAGAGAAAGUGUACUUGAAAAUCGUCAAUACAUGUUAUUGGUACUUGUUAGCAAGACUGGUGGACGAAAAGAGCAUUUGGAAAAGUUACUCCAUUUGUUAGUUACGAAACACAGUAAUGAGCCUGUUUCAUUACGAGCUGCUAUCGUACGUAGUCUAGCGAAGCGCGCUUGUGUGUGGCGUUUAGAAAGUAGCAAUUGGGAUAUAUUGUUAAAAUUUGGCCAUGAUCUAGGACUCGAUGGUAAUCCACCAUCAAUUAUAUGUCGUGAAGGUUUACAUGCUGCUGUGCUCCAUCAUAUUCUUCAAUCUCAAAGUUGCCCUCUUCCAGUAUUAUUAUCAUUUCUUAAAGAAUUUUCUUCUCUUAAUGAAUAUACAUUAAACAAAGAAGAAAAAGUACUUGUACUCAAAUGUUUGCCUAAAUUGUUAUUAAAUGUUGUAGAAACGGAAACUGAUAAGGCGACGGAAUGUCUUAAUCAUAUUCUAGAUUUUUUGACGGCCUUCCGGUUUCCCAUAAGAGAUUGUCCUGGGAUUGUAUCAUCUAUUGCUUCUACAUAUAGACGCGAUCCAUCAGGCUCAAGUGAUUUGCUGAAACGCUUAUAUCAGGCCAGAGUAGCACGCAAGGAACUCUACAAAGAAAAUUUUGAAGUAAUCCAAACUGAUAGAUCUUAUCUUAAUGCUUUACGACAUGAUGUUCUGAUAUUAUCUGGAGACCAUUUUGAAAAGUUUCUUACAGCCAAGAAACCACUGUGUCCUGAACAUUUCUUACGAAAAUUAACUAUAUACUUCAGUAAUGAGAAUGAGAUUAUUAAUCACUAUCAGAAGUUUCUCAUGCAUGUAUUAGAAACUAAACCACAUGUUAAAUUGGCACGCAUUGCAGCAUUACUUGGCAACAUAGGUAGUACACCAAUAUGGCCAAUAUCAAUUACUACAUCCUCAAAAACACAAAAGCAGGUAGCAAAUGCCUUAGGCCAUGUAACUCAUUUGAUUAGACCAUAUCUUAUCAAAGAAACUGCAAAGGGGGAUAAUUUAGUCACCGUAGCAAACUGGAUUCAUACAUGCAGUGAGAAUUCACUACGUAAAAACAUACCGAAACUUCUGUUGGAGCCACGGCACGCGAGGCUAGUACUUGCGUUACGAACACCAGGAUGGCCAGGACUUAUUAGCCAAACAAUGUUAGAAGCCACUAAAAGUCAACCCACGAAAAGUCUUCGUGUAACGAUCCGCGUAUUGAAACAACACGGUGACCAUUUCAACAAACAGGACUGGGAUACUUUCAAUUCUGUGUUAAUGACAAUUGAUUUGAAGAAUAAAAAACAAUAUCUAUAUAGUGAAUUAUCUGAACUGAAUGCUAUAUCAAACAGUUGUAGAUUAGAUUAUUCAAUAAUUAUGUAUGAAGUGCUAGAAAAAAUAGGGUUAGGUUCAGAGAAGGGACCUUCUUUCAUUAGCGUUCUUUCAUUGUUGACGUACAUAUAUGAUUACAUUGACAAAGUAAAUGUGGAAUACAUAAGGAGAAUUGCAAGACAGUUCUUAGAUAAUUAUUAUACAACUGAUAAAAUAGGAAGUGAUGACUUUAAAUAUUCAUUAUACGCAUCGAUUUUUGUGCAAAUUAUUGCCAGAUUCCUAUUGCUAAAUGUAACUGAGUUACAGCAAAAAGAGAGUUAUACAGAUAUCGGAUAUCCUUUCUUAAAAAAAACUUUACAAGCUUUCAACGCGUCGAAGGAAAAAAAUAAAGUAUUAAAAAUUCUAAUGUUAUUUGUAUACAGUUUAAAAUAUACAAAAUCGUUUUUAGAUCCUAAAUCUUGUUUAUAUGCAUUAAAACCUAUUGAAAAUUUCUUUAAAGAAUCUAUACCAAUGGAAAAGAGUUUUGGAGUAAACUGUCAGUUGAGAUUCACUAUUUUGUAUGGUGAUACGUUAAAAAAAUGUGUAAUAGAAAAACCAGAUUAUUUCCAAGGUGGAAAAUUCAAAAAUAUUGAGUCCGUUCAGUACGCAGCGGUUUCGUUUGGUAAAACAGUUGCAAUAGAUAUAGAAGAGUUAGUUGUUCAAUAUUUUCAAUCUGUUAGAAAUAUGUAUAACAAAGUAUUGAUAAGUUUCUUGAAAGAGAAAAUAGUGCGGCCCAUUCCAGAAAAGUAUUUCAUACCGUCUUUUAUAAAUGGAUUGGUACACGAUAGAAGUAAAAUAAAUGGGGUAUUAGCUGGAGUCUUUAUUUAUCACAACUUCUGUUUUGAAAAAGAAGUUAAAGAAAAAUUAAAGGAAGAAAUUCAAAGUAUCGCAAACUGUUCGGACGAAGUCAAAUAUUUCUUAAAUUUUAAAUCCAACUAGGAUAAAUAUUAUUAAAUGAUACUAAGGAUCAUCCCACAGCCAUUGAAUUGUCGCAGUUCUUCUUCUCUUCUGUAUCACAUGUACAUAUAAGUGUAUUAAAGGAGAACUAUGAGAAUUUGCAAACUGAACGGUCGAUCCAUUAACACUGCUAAACACCUACUUUUAAUCAAGUGCAUACUUCUUAUGAAUUAGUAGUAUUUUCAUACUUUUCUCGCUUCACUAAUAUUUAAUAUGUGCUCUUAACAUAUAAAUACAUUAAAUAUAGUAGUAUAAGUAUUAAUUAAAACUAAUAGGCAUAUUACAUGUACUUGAAAUAGCAAUAUUUGUUUUAAACAAAUAGCAUUAUUCGGUAUAACCGUAAUAGUUAUUUUUGCAAUAUACCUAUAUAAAUGUUUAAAAAAUAAGUUAAUA